UUAUACCACCUACCCACAUCCUCCAUAUCGAGUGUGCAACACUUCGAUGCUUAUCUACAGUGCCUUGAGGUCAAAUCGCCUUUUGUAUUUGCACGCACGCAUGCACCUAUAUAAAAGCCCUAUCGGGUCACUCAUAAAACGCUUGCCUUCCCAAGAGCUGCACGAUGGACAACAGAUCUGAGGUGGUGCCCAUGAGCGGCGUAGACCCCAGGUAUGCGGCGGGGUCCAUGGGACAAGAAUACACGGCUCUGACUUUCAUGCCCACGCCGGCCGUCUCGCCACAGCCCAGGGCAGCACAGGGGGUCAAGGACCACCUCAUCUGGUCUCUCUUCAAUUUUUAUCACUUCAACAUCUGUUGCCUGGGCUUUGCUGCCCUCAUCUAUUCCAUCAAGGCGCGAGAUCGCAAGAACGUGAAUGAUCUACAAGGGGCCAAGGACCACGGAGAGAUGGCCAAAUUAUUCAACAUCAUUGCCACUGGGUUGAUCAUCUUACUCAUCAUCAUCUUAAUCAUUGUUAUAUUCAUUUCAAUACGCAAUUCGACGUAUUAUUAUAGAUCAUACACAUAUGGCUAGACCUAAUAGCGGUGUUAAUAGUAAAUUGUAAAACCGUUUAAAAUGACCAAUUGCAUAAAAUUACAUCAGUAAAUCUAUUUGGGCUAAUAUUGAUUCCUAAGAUUACAUGCGUUAGAAUAGAUCAAAUAACUUCACAUAUCUGUGGGACCGUUUUUGCCAGUAUGAAAAAUGAUAAAAAAUAUAUAAGAACAGGUUUUACCCUUUCUGUCAAACAAAACAGGUGUUAAGAUGU